CAAUACUCCAUUGACGGCGGGGCGAGUCUGACAGCGGCGGAGCUGGCGGCGAAGCUGGCGGAAGUGGCGGCUUGUGCAGGCUCGUCAUCACAAACCACGAACACUAGCACCAACUCUACCAACACCACCCCAAUCAGCAACAACUCUACCACCACCCCUAUCAGCACCAACUCUACCACUACCCCUAUCAGCACCAACUCUACCACCACCCCUAUCAGCACCAACUCUACCAGUACAACGUCUACCAUCAACAACUCUACCAGCACCACCUCUACCAGCAACACUACACAAUCGACUACCACUUCACCUUUCUCAAGUUCCUCAACCACUUCAACGACACAAUCAUCCAACGUGUCCACCACUCACACCGCGACUCCUGACAUGACUGCCUCUACCAAUGCAUCAACAACUACCAAUCUAACAACGAACUCUACACUUUCUACAUCUUCUACUUCAACUGUUCAAUCUACAACGGUGGCGUCUGCUGCAGUGUCCGUGUCAAUGAACGGCACAUCUACAUUGAGUGGAACUGCAUCAACGGCAUCUACACCUUCUGCAGUUCCAACAGGUAAAUGGUACUUUUUAAAUCUUUGUGUUGUAAAAUCAUGAGCUAAUA